GCUGGGAAAUGUGUCAUAGGGUAUUCCAAUGAUACAGCAGCAUCUUCUCUGAAGGCCUUCCAUGUGUUUGAUCAGGUGCUUUGUGAGACCUUCCCAAACAGGUGAAGCGUAUUCCAGAACAGGGCUAAUGAAUGUCACAUAUUUGGGUUAGAACAUUGCCCUAGACAGCUUUGUGAACUGAUUUCACUCAGAACAUUGUUGUUAGAAAACCAAGCUUUGUUUCAGCCCCUUGUAGAAAGGGAUUCUUGAAGUACGACUACAAACUGCCUGUGGGACUGUUCUACAACAUGGACGGUGGUGCAGGUUUGUCGUGAUGUGCGGAAGUCGCUUAACCCUAACCCUGCCUUCCUACCAGUCUCACAUUUAACAGGAAGAAGUUUGGCACUGGCAAACUCUUAUUCUUCUCUCCAAAGUGCAUGUGGCCAACUGUAGUCAAAUGAUGGCCUUGUUCACUUUCUCUACCUAGCAACCACGAACCAGAGACAAUGCUAGGUAAUCAAAUGAAGACCAACAAUGCAGGGUUUACCCGGCUGUGGAGAAGUCUAUUAAUAUCACUGAGGUCAUAUCUGUCUGAGGCCUACCAGGGGGUUCUGAACAGUAGCCUACCUGCUGUGAUGCGCUGAGCAUUCAGAUACCAAAUACACAUUUUCAAGAGUGCAAUGACAAAUGUUGUUUUAAUUUUGACAAUUGACAAGAAUCUGAAUCCAGGGAUGUCUCAAACCUAAACUUACAAAAUGACUGUCAAAAUGCUCAACAUUAUUCCUUCUGUUUUCAGUCUAAAGUCUCUUGUUUGACACCACACUUAUUUUCAAUGUUCCCAACUACUCAUGCUAAUAGCCAGUUGCCCUAUAGUCACCCCUGGGUGUGUUUUAUACGUGGUAAGAGUAUAGAGAAAGGGUUCCGGCCCUUUGAUGGAAGUGUCUAAUGAUGGCUCUCUCCUGUCUGUCUCCCAGGGGUCCAGGUUCGUGUCGUGAGAGGGUGAGCUACAGAGGGGAGGAGGAACGUCUGGGGGUGUCGUUGCCCAGGCUCUCAAGGUAACAACACCUGGAUCUCUUCUGACAUCUCAUGGCUGUCUAGAGUAUGUGUGCCAGUCUGUCUGGCCAUUUAAGGCUCUGUGUAAAUCUGUCUGACCAUUGAGACUUUAGUUAUGUCACUGAGUCAGUCUGUUUGUACAGAGUGAACCACCGAUCCCCCCCCUCCCCCACACUCACACCCACCCACUCUGAAGUUAUAGUGCCUUCAGAAAGUAUUCAUACCCCUUUACUUUUUUCACAUUUUGUUCUGUUACAGCCUGAAUUUAUAAUGGAUUCAAUUGAGAUUUUUUGUCACUGGCCAACACACAAUACCCCAUAAUGUCAAAGUGGAAUUAUGUUUUUAGAAAUGUGUACAAAUAAAAAAAUUAAAAGCUGAAAUGUCUUGAGUCAAUAAGUAUUCUACCCCUUUGUUAUGGCAAGCCUAAAUAAGUUCAGGAGCAAACAUUUGCUUAACGAGUCACAUAAGUUGCAUGGACUCAGUCUGUGUGCAAUAAUGGUGUUUAACAAAAAAAAUGUGUACCCCACACAUACAAUUAUCUGUAAGGUCCCUGGGGCGGCAGGUAGCUUAGUGGGUAAGAGCGUUGUGCCAGUAACCGAAAGGUCGCUGGUUCUAAUCCCCGAGCCGACUAGGUGAAAAAUCUGUCGAUGUGCCCUUAAGCAAGGCACUUAACCCUAAUUGCUCCUGUAAGUCGCUCUGGAUAAGAGCUUCUGCUAAAUGACUAAAAUGUAAAAUGUAAAAAAUGUCCCUCAGUCGGGUGGUGAAUUUCAAACACCAAUUCAACCACAAAGACCAGGGAGGUUUUCCAACCCCUCGCAAAGACAGGCACCAAUUGGUAGAUAGAUGGGUGGGUAAAAAAAUAGAUACAUUAUUUUUUUAUUUAACCUUUAUUUAAAUAAUAUAAUAAUAUAAUAUGCCAUUUAGCAGACGCUUUUAUCCAAAGCGACUUAGUCAUGUGUGCAUACAUUUUUACGUAUGGAUGGUCCCGGGGAUCGAACCCACUACCCUGGCGUUACAAGCGCCAUGCUCUACCAAUUGAGCUACAGAGGACCACAAAAUGAGCUGAUUGGUUAGAGAACAACCUGCAGAAGACGGUGACGUAAAAAAUAUCUCCAGUUUCCAUUUACAUUACAUUUUAGUCAUUUAGCAGACGCUCUUAUCCAGAGCGACUUGCAGUUAGUGAGUACAUACAUUUUCAUACUGGCCCCCCGUGGGAAUCGAACCCACAACCCUGGCGUUGCAAACGCCAUGCUCUACCAACUGAGCUACAGGGGACCGUGUAACUAGGCAAGUCAGUUAAGAACAAAUUCUUAUUUACAAUGAUGGCCUACACCGGCCAAACCCGGACGACACUGGGCCAAUUGUGCCGCCCUAUGGGACUCCCAAUCACGGCCGGUUGUGAUACAGCCUGGAAUCGAACCAGGGGGUCUGUAGUGACGCCUCAAGCACUGAGAUGCAGUGCCUUAGACCGCUGCGCCACUCAGGAGCCCAAUAAUAAUAGUGAAGACAUAAACUAUAAAAGAACACUUAUGGAAUCAUGUAGUAACCAAAAAAGUGUUAAACAAAUCAAAAUAUAUUUUAUAUUUGAGAUUCUUCAAAUAGCCAGCAUUUGCACACUCUUGGCAUUCUCUCGACCAGCUUCACCUGGAAUGCUUUUCCAACAGUUUCAUAUGCUGAGCACUUGUUGGCUGCUUUUCCUUCACUCUGCAGUCUGACUCCUCCCAAACCUUCUCAAUUUGGUUGGCGUCAGGGGAUUGUGGAGGACAGGUCAUCUGAUGCAGCACUCAUCACUCUCCUUCUUGUUAAAAUAGCCCUUACACAGCCUGGUGGUGUGUUAGGUCAUUGUCCUGUUGAAAAACAAAUGAUAGUCCCGCUGCAGAAUGCUGUGGUAGCCAUGCUGGUUAAGUGUGCCUUGAAUUCAAAAUAAAUCAUAUACAGUUUCACCAGCAAAGCACCCCCCACACCAUAACGCCUCCUCCAUGCUUUACGGUGGGAAAUACACAUGCGGAGAUCACAAAGACACGGCGGUUGGAACCAAAAACCUCCAAUUUGGAACCAAUAAAACUCCAGACCAAAGGACACAUUUCCACCGGUCUAAUGUCCAUUGCUCGUGUUUCAUGGCCCAAGCAGGUCUCUUCUUCUUAUUGGUGUCCUUUAGUAGUGGUUUCUUUGCAGCAAUUCGACCAUGAAGGCCUGAUUCACACAGUCUCCUCUGAAUUGAUGUUGAGAUGUGUCUGUUACUUGAACUCUGACACAUUUAUUUGGGCUGCAAUUUCUGAGGCUGGUAACUCUAAUGAACUUAUCCUCUGCAGCAGAGGUAACUCUGGUUCUUCCUUUCCUGUGGCGGUCCUCAUGAGAGCCAGUUUCAUCAUAGCGCUUGAUGGCGUUCUUAAUUUUCCGUACUGACUGACCUUCAUGUCUUAAAGUAAUGAAGGACUGUCGUUUCUCUUUGCUUAUUUGAGCUGUUCUUGCCAUAAUAUGGACUUGGUCUUUUACCAAAUAGGGCUAUCUUCUGUAAACCCACCCUACCUUGUAACAACACAACUGAUUGGCUCAAACGCAUUAAGAGGGAAAGAAAUUCCACAAAUUAACUUUUUAACAAGGCACACCUUUGUUAAUUGAAAUGCAUUCCAGGUGACUACCUCAUGAAGCUGGUUGAGAGAAUGCCAAGAGGGUGGCUACUUGAAGAAUCUCAAAUAUAAAAUCUAUUUUGAUUUGUUUAACACUUUUUUGGUUACUACAUGAUUCCAUAUGUGUUAUUUCAUAGUUUUGAUGUCUUCACUAUUAUUCUACAAUGUAGAAAAUAGUAAAAAUAAAGAAAAACCCUUUAAUGAGUAGGUGUGUCCAAACUUGACUGGUACUGUAUAUUUGCGCCCGUCUCCAUGAACCAAUCCAUUGCGGAUACGUAGACAAAAAGCCAAUUUAUGCUUGAUCUGAAAGUGUUGUCGGAGGCUCCAUAUGGAUGGUAAUGCAAUUACAGAGCCUCCAGAGGCACGCAGAAGCCAAAUCGAGCUCCAUACCACAUCGCCAUGUUGUAACAGUGUGGUGGGCUCUGUAUAGCUCCGCAUUGACAUUGGUUGACGGUAGGUGGGGGCGGUACAUCCUGUAGAAAACACAAACUCACUUCCUUGACAACAACUCUGCGAAGUGCAAGAAGUAUGAAUGCCCUGACUUCUGCUGAGGCCAUAUCACCUUAAAUGCUGCAUGGCCGAUGCAGAUGUCGGAUUGACCAUGUGCCCAGAUGCACAAUGCACUUCUCUCUCCAGAAUGUGCUCUCUCCCGCCAAUUUGUGCACAUUCAUUGUUUCAUACCUUCACGUGUGAAUUGUUUGCGUUUGAUUGUUAGUGUAUAUCAAUUCCCCAUUACAUAUAUCACCAGUAGUACAUUUACCAUUAAUUCCUAUAAUUUCUCAUCUACAAUGUUUGUUACUUUGGUUACGGUCAUUUAUUUGAAUGCUUUUAAUAUUAUUAUUCCAGUCUUCCUGUUGUCAUUGUCGGAGUGGACACAUUGUUUGCAGAGUGCACAACCUAUGCUACACUUGUGAGAAACAAGUUUUGGUUUAUUUAAUUCCAUUUAUGAGUUCUGUCAAUAUAGUCAUUGUCUUUUGUUUGGUGUGCGCUCAUGUCAAUGUUGAGUAAGGACGCGCACACACAGAAGUAGGCCUAUAGGCUAGGCUACCUGGCCUGCACGCAAAUGUGUAGGCAUAUAAAUGUUCCCAUUUGAGGAUCGGAUAGUAUUUCUGAUUGGCUUAACGCAUCACCACUUCUGUGGAGCUUCUCAAAGUAAUGUUUUCUUCACCUCAAACAGCAAGCAAACAGUCUGUUUUUACAUGCAUUGAGAAUUACAAUAGUUCCUCAAUGUAUUUGAAAAACAAUUCCAGCUCUCUCCCUUUCGAUAACCACUCAGCAUGAAAGGGAAACAUGUCAUGCUCUGAUCCAGUGGAAACGUCAUAAAAUAGGCCUACCUGAUAACUUCUUAUCAGUGCUUGACUUGGACUGAAAUAGGUUCCGGUACUCAUUUUGGGUGCUGGUACUGUUUUUAAUAUUUAGGUGCAGGAGCUCCACAAUACUUUUGAGCUAAUGUUCUAUAAGAAGAACAGGAGCUCAAGCAGUAGAACAUUUGAGGUGCCGGUACUCGGCUCCGGUGAGCUCCUGCCCAAGUCAAGCACGGCUUCUUAUCCCUUACGCAAAUAGCCUACAGCUGUGCCUGUCCCGAGCUCACUGACGCAGGAAUAUGAAGUUCGCUAGCACAACCUUCAGGCCGGACCCAAGUUAAUAGUUGAUACAAUGUUUCAAGUUCGUUGCAGACAGGCCAUGUGUAGCCAAAGUGAUUGAUAGGAUAUUUAUUUUGAUCAGGUUAUUUUUUACCUUCAGGCUGCAAUGUUUUUAUUUGUUGGCCUUUAUGUUGGCUAUUUUUACAUAGAUGGCAAUAAAGUUACUUUGUAGGUUUAUCAUUUUCAUUUAGAUUCUGAUAGAAUUUUGAUUAACCACAUGACAAUGAUUUUGAGAUAUGAAGACGUUGUUAUAAAUUAAAUGAAACUGUUUCACGAAAAUGUGCAUGUGAAAACCGUAACUGGUACACAGAUCGGUAGAAAUUGUAAGAUAAAUUGGUAUUCCACAUGAGAAAGGUUGCCGACUCAGGGGAGUAAUGGCAGAAUCUGCGAUAGACAUCAGGAGCAGGAGGAGAAUAGUUGAGUCAGGUUAAGGUUUUUUUCUUCUGGUUAUCUCGAUCUCUGGCACCCUCUUGAGGCAUUUGUCUUAUUAAAAUACAUAGGGUGUGUCUAUAUAUAUAUAUAUAUAUAUAUAGAUAUAUAUAUAUAUAUAUAUAUAUAUAUAUAUACACACACACACACAGUGGGGGAAAAAAAGUAUUUAGUCAGCCACCAAUUGUGCAAGUUCUCCCACUUAAAAAGAUGAGAGAGGCCUGUAAUUUUUAUCAUAGGUACACGUCAACUACGACAGACAAAUUGAGAAUUUUUUUCUCCAGAAAAUCACAUUGUAGGAUUUUUUAUGAAUUUAUUUGCAAAUUAUGGUGGAAAAUAAGUAUUUGGUCACCUACAAACAAGCAAGAUUUCUGGCUCUCACAGACCUGUAACUUCUUCUUUAAGAGGCUCCUCUGUCCUCCACUCGUUACCUGUAUUAAUGGCACCUGUUUGAACUUGUUAUCAGUAUAAAAGACACCUGUCCACAACCUCAAACAGUCACACUCAACUCCACUAUGGCCAAGACCAAAGAGCUGUCAAAGGACACCAGAAACAAAAUUGUAGACCUGCACCAGGUUGGGAAGACUGAAUCUGCAAUAGGUAAGCAGCUUGGUUUGAAGAAAUCAACUGUGGGAGCAAUUAUUAGGAAAUGGAAGACAUACAAGACCACUGAUAAUCUCCCUCGGUCUGGGGCUCCACGCAAGAUCUCACCCUGUGGGGUCAAAAUGAUCACAAGAACGGUGAGCAAAAAUCCCAGAACCACACGGGGGGUCCUAGUGAAUGACCUGCAGAGAGCUGGGACCAAAGUAACAAAGCCUACCAUCAGUAACACACUACGCCGCCAGGGACUCAAAUCCUGCAGUGCAAGACGUGUCCCCCUGCUUAAGCCAGUACAUGUCCAGGCCCGUCUGAAGUUUGCUAGAGUGCAUUUGGAUGAUCCAGAAGAGGAUUGGGAGAAUGUCAGAUGAAACCAAAAUAUAGCUUUUUGGUAAAAACUCAACUCGUCGUGUUUGGAAGACAAAGAAUGCUGAGUUGCUUCCAAAGAACACCAUACCUACUGUGAAGCAUGGGGGUGGAAACAUCAUGCUUUGGGGCUGUUUUUCUGUAAAGGGACCAGGACGACUGAUCCGUGUAAAGGAAAGAAUGAAUGGGGCCAUGUAUCGUGAGAUUUUGAGUGAAAACCUCCUUCCAUCAGCAAGGGCAUUGAAGAUGAAACGUGGCUGGGUCUUUCAGCAUGACAAUGAUCCCAAACACACCGCCCGGGAAACGAAGGAGUGGCUUCGUAAGAAGCAUUUCAAGGUCCUGGAGUGGCCUAGCCAGUCUCCAGAUCUCAACCCCAUAGAAAAUCUUUGGAGGGAGUUGAAAGUCCGUGUUGCCCAGCGACAGCCCCAAAACAUCACUGCUCUAGAGGAGAUCUGCAUGGAGGAAUGGGCCAAAAUACCAGCAACAGUGUGUGAAAACCUUGUGAAGACUUACAGAAAACAUUUGACCUGUGUCAUUGCCAACGAAGGGUAUAUAACAAAGUAUUGAGAAACUUUUGUUAUUGACCAAAUACUUAUUUUCCACCAUAAUUUGCAAAUAAAUCUAUUAAAAAUCCUACAAUGUGAUUUUCUGGAUUUUUUCUCAUUUGUCUCAUAGUGACGGUACCUAUGAUGAAAAUUACAGGCCUCUCUCAUCUUUUUAAGUGGGAGAACUUGCACAAUUGGUGGCUGACUAAAUACUUUUUCCCCCACUGUAGAAGAAUUCGAAAGAACAGAUGACUUUCAGUCGACCAAGAUUUUUUUUUGUCGGGGACAGCCCUAAUAACACAAGACACUGCGAUAACCUUUACCUUCCCCAGUGUCGCACCUCACAUAGUCAAUUCUCUAUCAGAUAUAGAGGUACCAUACUCUGGAAUUCUUAUCUUCACAUUGCCAAAAUGUCAUCAUCCCUCAAUAACUUCAAGCUAAGACUGGGGGAUCAGCCUGAUGAACCAAACUACUCAGUAAUCUCCUCCAUAUAGCCUAACUCACACACACUCACAUGCACACCCACAUUUAAACAAAACACAUUUUUUAAAUGUUAACGUGAUUACUGAUCAAUUCAUUUAUACAUUUAUAAUUAGUAGGUUUUAUCUGUUUUUACAAACCUUUUUAAAAAUGUUGUACUUGUGUAUUGUAUAUUGUUUUUUUUGUGGUGUGGUUUUCAUAUAACCCCUUGGCCUUCCACCACACCAGUCAGUUUAUUAAAUUAGUUUUUUAUCUGUAUGUUUGUCUCACUGUUUCUUGUGCAAAAUACCGUUUCUAUGGAAAUAAGUAUAAGACCAAAUUCAAAAUUUUAUCAAAUGUAUUUUACAUGUUUUUAUGAUAACUACAGGGGUCCUUAAAUUCUAAAUCAAAUAGCUAAAUGAUCCAUGGUAUGACCAUCUUAAAACAAUUCCAUAUGUUAGCUUAGCAGAACAGUGGAAUGAGUUUGACGCGUGAAUGUGAUUAACUCACGUCGAAGAGUUAGAUAAGAUGCAAUCAUUAUCCUUUACUCAGGUAUAACAUGUUACAGGUCAGGACAUCCUAAUCAGACACUCAAAAUGCACCUGUUUAUCUAUCCUAGAUAGGUGACCCACUAGCACCAUUUCUGGGUUGGCAUUAUGCCCAUUACCUCAACACUGUAUAAAUUAAGAAAAUAUUCCGUAUCAAAUUAUACUAUACCAGGUUGGAGAGGAUUGGUGCUGGGUCCAUUUGACACGUUAGCCCAUUAUAGGCCUCAGAGCCAGAACAACCUUGUCGACUGCUGUUGAAUAAUAAAUGAAUAGUCAGACACAUCCAACCUUUUUUAAAAGACCGAUUUUAUUUAUUUACUAGCAAGCAAUGAAAACGUGCAUUGUAUAAAAGGAAGUCCACACAGCAAAGAUGAUUUUACUGAAGUGCCAUAGCCUACACCCCCGCGCAUCUAGCAGAUUAGCUGCUCGAGCAUCAGAGGGCAGUUGGAAAUAGGAGAUGUAGAAAGUUUAAUAGACUAAGUUGCAAAACAAUUGCUUAUAAUCAUUAGUAAACAUUUCUGCUAUUAGGUGAAAUGUAUCAAAUCAAAUAGUAUUUGCAACAGGUGUAGACCUUACAGUGAAAUGCUUACUUACAAACCCUUAACCAACAAAGUUUUUUAAGAAAAGGGGAAAAAAAAGUGUUAAGUAAAAAAUAGAAAAUAGCAAAUAAUUAAAGAGCAGUAGUAAAAUAAAAUAACAGUAGGGAGGCUAUAUACAGGGGGUACCGGUACAGAGUCAAUGUGCGGGGGCACCGGUUAGUCGAGUUAAUUGAGGUAAUAUGUACAUGUGGGUAGAGUUAAAGUGACUAUGCAUAGAUAAUAAACAGAGUAGCAGCAGCGUAAAAGAGGGGGUUGGGGUGGGGGGGCAAUGCAAAUAGUCAGGGUAGCCAUGAUUAGCUGUUCAGGAGUCUUAUGGCUUGGGGGUAGAAGCUGUUAAGAAGCCUUUUGGACCUAGACUUGGCACUCCGGUACCGCUUGCCGUGCGGUAGCAGAGAGAAUAGUCUAUGACUAGGGUGGCUUUUUUAGCGCCUUCCUCUGACACCGCCUGGUAUAGAGGUCCUGGAUGGCAGGAAGCUUGGCCCCAGUGAUGUACUGGGCCGUACGCACUACCCUCUGUAGUGCCUUGCGGUCGUAGGCCGAGCAGUUGCCAUACCAGGCGGUGAUGCAACCAGUCAGGUUGCUCUCGAUGUUGCAGCUGUAUAACUUUUUGAGGAUCUGAGGACCCAUGCCAAAUCUCUUCAUGACUGUCUUGGUGUGUUUGGACCAUAAUAGUUUGUUGGUGAUGUGGACACCAAGGAACUUGAAGCUCUCAACCUGUUCCACUACAGCCCCGUCGAUGAGAAUGGGGGCGUGCUCAGUCCUUUUUUUUCUUCCUGUAGUCCACAAUAAUCUCCUUUGUCUUGAUCACGUUGAGGGAGAGGUUGUUAUCCUGGCACCACACGGACAGGUCUCUGACCUCCUCCCUAUAGGCUGUCUCAUCGUUGUCGGUGAUCAGGCCUACCACUGUUGUGUCGUCGGCAACCUUAAUGAUGGUGUUGGAGUUGUGCCUGGCCAUGCAGUCAUGGGUGAACAGGGAGUACAGGAGAGGACGGAGCAUGCACCCCUGAGGGGCCCCUGUGUCGGCUUGGCAGAUGUGUUGUUACCUACCCUUACCACCUGGGGUGGCCCGUCAGGAAGUCCAGGAUCCAGUUGCAGAGGGAGGUGUUUAGUCCCAGGGUCCUUAUCUAAAUGAAAAUAAAGUUAAAAUGUAAAUUUAUGUAGUCCUAUUUAAACAGUUAUGACGGUUAUUUUAUUUUUGUGAUGUCUUCAUCCAGAAGUCAGUUACAUGGUUAUUGUAUUACCGUCACAGCCCUAAUUCAGGCUGUAACACAACAAAAUGUGGAAUACGUCAAGGUGUAUGAAUACAUUCUGAAGGCACUAUGUUUACUAGACAUGCCAAAGAAACAUUAACUACUCUAUUCCUGUUUAGCCAGACUUAAAAGGUGAGGUAUUGAUGUUUUAGUCACAAGCAGAGAAACGUGUUAGGUUGGUUAGACCGUAGCCAGGCCUUUGUUUUAUUAGUGCUGAAAUAUAGAUUAAAUGGUUGUAUCUGUUCAGUAUCCAGAUGAAUAAUCCCCAGGUUAUAUGGCUGUAAUAUAUAAUUUUUUAUGGUGACAAAAUCAAUGGAUGACGCUACCUUUGCUCUGCUUUGUGCAUUGACUCCAGUGCCAACCAUCCAGCAAUGUUUAACAAUUAAUGGCCUCAAAAGUCCCAUACUGGUAUACACUGUCUGGGACAAAACGACACACCAUAGGGUGGCCUGCCCAGCAGCUUGCCGCCCGCCCUGGACUCCUGACCUGCUGUAAAAUAGUAGGAAGGGCUUGGUCCCAAGCAAAAUAUCCUGCUGUGUGCCAGGGAAAGAAAGGGCCAGAGUGCUGCGGGCAGAUAAGAUCCGGGCCGGGGGCCAGUGGCACAGUGCAGGGGGGGAUGGCCCAACCCAGCGCCGGCCCUGACAGCCAGCCAGGGUCAGCCCUGCUGCUGAGUCCCCUUUUUUUCUCCCUCUCUCCCCUUUCACACUGUUCUCUCUCUGAGUCGCUCUCUCAAUCUCUUUUCUCUUGUCGCUCCAUUGUUGAUACAACAGAAUGUCCUGCCAAAAGCCCCUCUAAAUCGCUGUCGGCCAGCCUGCCUCCCUCAUGCAUCUUUUUUUCCCCACCUUUGGGCCUUGAGAAAAGCCAGUCCCCUGAGAGCACAGGCAAAGUGUCUGCUCAGAGGCCUUGUUGGGGUAGGAAUGGUCUUUGUAGUCUGUACCAUGGAGAUAUACCCACACUCCAUAUGUGGAAGCAGCCGGCGCUGGGUGCACUUCAAUGGGGCUCGACCUACAUGAGGGGGGAAAUAUGUUGCUGCACUACUAAUUAAACUGUUUGUGUGUAAAGAGGACACACCUAAUAAAAGGUAAGAGAGGCUUUGAUGAUUAUAAUAACCACUGGCAGCAUUGAUGUCCAAAAAGCUUCUCUGUUUUCAAUGACAAGUCUAAUCCUGUAAAAGCGACUGAGCAUUAGAGCUCUUUGUCCUUGAGAGCACUGUCUGUGUGUGCGCACAGCCCCCCCCCCCCCCGCUACAGAUAUACUGUACAUUAAUUAAUCGCGAUUCUCUCCAGUAUGAUAUCUGACACCAGUCCAGCAAUGGCGAAAGCCAGCCUGUUGUUUUUGUAGGGGGUGUGUGUUUUAAACGUGUGUGUUAUCCCCCGUGCUGCAGCUAAUCGCAGACAUGCACGGGCUAGCCCGUUUCCUACCAUAGCCCCCGCUCUCAGCAGUGAGCCCAGCGAAAUCUCCCCCUCAUCUGGCCUUCCAGCACCGUACAACCGGCACAUGUACGAAGAGAGGAUGGACCUCCCUCUGGGUCAACCAGGCCUGCUAUUAUUUUUUCAUGUUUUAAUAAAGGUAUUUUUAAUAUUUUCAUUGCUGCCUAGUGCUCCUGGCACAAUGCCCUUUCAAUGCGGGGUCAUUCAAACUGCUGCCAUCAUGCUGUGGUGGGCAUCAUGGAAUCUCGCCAGGUCAUCAAUCGGGAAGCCUGGUUGGAAUUCCAAGCCUUCUGUAGUGUGACUUCGGGGACCAUCCCUAUCAUGUCAGGAUAUGAGAAAAUAUUCCAUGGGUUAUUUGGUUGGAUUUCAGUCUGGGGCUGAUAUGGUGCUGAUGUUGGAAGUUUUGAUUGCGUUCCCUUUGUCUUCUUUGUGACUUUACAUCCAUAACAUUGAGAUACAAGUAUAGUGAAUAGAUAAGUGUUUGUUUAGCCAGCUGCAUGUUGAAGUUCUGUUGCAUCUCUUGGUGCAUCUUUGAUUGUCUUUAAUCUUUGGCUGUACUGGUUGAUUCCAACUGCCCGUUGACCUUUUGACCCUGACAUUCCCCUUCAAACCCUUAACUCUUCUGUACAGAGAGGUCAGGUUCCACUCAUACAGAUCAUUGCAGAACACACAGACACACACUCGCAGUCCUGAGUCAUCAGAUGGGUGUUACUCAAUACCCCCCAUGCUUCUUCUCUCUCUCUCUCUCUCAGCUGUCCUCCAGGGCUGGCCAGGCUGUUGGGAAAGGAGCUUGUCACUGUCUGUGGGAGUGUUCCAUACUGGGUGUCACAGCUGCACCACUCAUGCUCUGUUUUAGGUGCUCUCCGGUCAACUGGCUGUCUGAGCCUGUAGAGAUCUGCACAGGCAAACCCAGAUUCAUAUGGCAAACUCAAUGUCAUACAGUAGGGCUACAUACUCAAUGGGUGUAACUUUUGUUGACAAUUUCGAUACCUUUUGGAAACAAAACACGUUUUAUAAGGAGGAUGGGAUCCACCCAAAUCAUUUGGGUUCCUGGAUAUUUUUUACAGCAUUAUAAAGCUGCGUUGAGACUGACUUAUCAAUGACCCAAUCCCAGCUCAGUUAAUCCCUACCAUUGUGACGCUGAGUUGUCAUAAUGCUUCAGCAAAUGUACAUUAUACCAGGGUGUUGGUAGACACAAUGUAAGUAACUGAAUUUAUGUCCCUCUAACUGCCCUGAAUGCCACUGCUAAACCUACAGCUAUUGUAUGCAGUAAUCAUGUGCCUAUGAACCAGAUUUAUACUGUUAACGCUGAGGCGGUGUGCCCUAGUAGGAAGUCCACUGUGUGCAGCUCACCCUGCACUAACAUAAAUAACAUGAGCAUAUCUACUUCUGCUAAGCUUCCCAGUAAAGCAAUGAAAACAAGUAAGCAUCACAUCUUUACUAAUGCUGCAUAAAUUAGCUUGAACGCAGUAUCCAGAUCCAUCGGAUGUAGUGAUCACAAUAUAGUAGCCAUAUCUUCCAAAGGCUGGGCCUAAUAUAGUGUAUAAGAGGUCAUACAAUACGUUUUGUAGUGAUUCCUAUGUUGUUGAAUAUUUGUUGGUCCGUGGUGUGUAAUGAGGAGCAAACAGACGCUGCACUUGACACAUUUAUGAAGUUGCUUAUUCCAGUUACUAAUAAUCAUGCACCCAUUUAAGAAAAUGACUGUAAAAACUGUUAAAUCCCCGUGGAUUGAUGAGGAAUUGAAAAAUGUUAUGGUUGAGAGGGAUGAGGCAAAAGGAAUGGCAAAUAAGUCUGGCUGCACAACCGAUAGGCAAACGUAUUGCAAAUAGACAAAUCAUGUGACUAAACUGAAUAAAAAGAAGAAACUACACUAUGAAACAAAGAUAAAUGACAUAAAGAAUUAUAGUAAAAAGCUUUGGAGCACCUUAAAUGAAAUUUUGGGAAAAAAGGCAAACUCAGCUCCAUCAUUCAUUGAAUCAGAUGGCUCAUUCAUCACAAAACCGACUGAUAUUGCCAACUACUUAAUUUUUUUCAUUGGCAAGAUUAGCAAACUUAGGCAUGACAUGCCAGCAACAAACGCUGACCCUACACAUCCAAGUAUAUCUGACCAAAUUAUGAAAGACAAGUGUUGUAAUUUUGAAUUCCGUAAAGUGAGUAUGGAAGAGGUUCAUUUUUUUGUUGUCUAUCAACAAUGACAAGCCACCGGGGUGUGACAACUUGGAUGGAAAAUUACUGAGGAUAAUAGCAGAUGGAAUUGCCACUCAUAUUUGACAUUUUCAAUUUAAGCCUACUAGAAACUGUGUGACCCAGGCCUGGAGGGAAGCAAAAGUAAAUCCGCUACCUAAGAAUAGUAGUAAAGCCCCCUUUACUGGCUCAAAUAGCCGACCAAUCAGCCUGUUACCAACCCUUAGUAAACUUUGGGAAAAAAUGGUGUUUGACCAGAUACAAUGCUAUUUUACAGCAACAAAUUGACAACAUACUUUCAGCACGCUUAUAGGGAAGGACAUUCAACAAGCGCAGCACUUACACAAAUUACUGAUGAUUGGCUGAGAGAAAUUGAUGAUAAAAAGAUUGUGGGGGCUGUUUUGUUAGACCAGUGCGGCUUUUGACAUUAUCGAUCAUAGUCUGCUGCUGGAAAAACGUAUGUGUUAUUGCUUUACACCCCCUGCUAUAUUGUGGAUAAAAGAGUUACCUGUCUAACAGAACACAGAGGGUGUUCUUUAAUGGAAGCCUCUCCAACAUAAUCCAGGUAGAAUCAGGAAUUCCCCAGGGCAGCUGUCUAGGCCCCUUACUUUUUUCAAGGUUUACUAACGACAUGCCAUUGGCUUUGAGUAAAUGUAUGCGGAUGACUCAACACUAUAAACGUCAGCUACUACAGCGACUGAAAUGACUGCAACACUUAACAAAGAGCUGCAGUUAGUUUCAGAGUGGGUGGCAAGGAAUAAGUUAGUCCUAAAUAUUUCUACAACUAAAAGCAUUGUAUUUGGGACAAAUCAUUCACUAAACCUCAACUAAAUCUUGUAAUAAAUAAUGUGGAAAUUGAGCAGUUGAGGUGACUGUCAUGGUCAAAACAUAUUGAUACAACAGUAGCUAAGAUGGGGAGAAGUCUGUCCGUAAUAAAGUGCUGCUCUACAUUCUUAACAGCACUAUGAACAAGGCAGGUCCUACAGGCCCUAGUUUUGUUGCACCUGGACUACUGUUCAGUCGUGUGGUCAGGUGCCACAAAAAGGGACUUAGGAAAAUUGCAAUUGGCUCAGAACAGGGCAGCACGGCUGGCCCUUGGAUGUACACAGAGAGCUAACAUUAAUAAUAUACAUGUCAAUCUCUCCUGGCUCAAAGUGAAGGAGAGAUUGACUUCAUCACUACUUGUAUUUGUGAGGGGUAUUGACAUGUUGAAUGCACUGCGCUGUCUGUUUGAACUACUGGCGCACAGCUAUGACACCCAUGCAUACCGCACAAGACAUGCCACAAGAGGUCUCUUCACAGUCCCCAAGUCCAGAACAGACUAUGGGAGGCGCACAGUACUACAUAGAGCCAUGACUACAUGGAACUAUAUUCCACAUCAAGUACCUGAUGCAAGCAGUAAAAUUAGAUUUAAAAAACAGAUACAAAUACACCUUAUGGAACAGCAGGGACUGUGAAGCAACACAAACAUAGGCACAGACACAUGCAUACACACACAAUAACAUACGCACUAUACACACACACGUACACAUAUUGUAGGUAUGUGGUGGAGUAGGGGCCUGAGGGCACACAGUGUGUUGUGAAUGUAUUGUAAUGUUUUUAAAAUUGUAUAAGCUGCCUUAAUUUUGCUGGACCCCAGAAACAGUAGCUGCUGUUUUUACGCUGCUGCUACUCACUGUUUAUUAUCUAUACAUAAUCACUUUACCUCUACCUGCAUGCACAAAUUACCUUGACUAACCUGCAUAUUGACUCGGUACCGGUACCCCCUGUAUAUAGCCUCGUUAUUGUUAUUUUAUUGUGUUACUUUUUAUUUAACAUUGUUACUUUAGUUUAUAUAGUAAUUAUUUUCUUAACUCUAUUUCUUCUACUGCAUUGUUUAAGGGCUUGUAAGUAAGCAUUUCACGGUAAGGUCUACACCUGUUGUAUUCAGCGCAUGUGAAAAAAAUUAAAUUUGAUUUGAUUUUGAUUUGGCCAACUCAAGAGUAGGACAGCAUGUUUUUUUUAGAGUAUUCCAGCCCUGUCCAGUCUAUUCUAGUUUAUCAUUCAUUCAGUUGUCCAACUGUGCGUAUAUGGCUCUGGUUUCAGUCACUGCACAGGUGGUGUGGUUCAUCUCAUUGGUCUCACUUGAAGGUUGAGUCAUGUUCUGGUAUGCACUGGGUUGGACACAUACUCUGAGAUGUACUCAUGCCUUCGUACUGGGGUAGAAUCACAUUCUCAUGUAGUGGUGUCAUUGUGCUCUUGUUUCAAUGAAGCUGUGCUCAGUGGGCUUGGUGACUCGUCUGCAGAAUGGCGAAAGAAGACCUGACGAUUGUGAACAAGGAUGAGGAGGAUGAGAUGGUGUGUUCCCUCAUUUUAUUACCUCUUUCUACCUUACCCCCCCCUUUCCUUCACUCAAUCACACUCGCACGGCCCUGCUACUCUACAGCCAUCGGGAGUCCGGCAUUGCCAUCAGCCAUUGAGGGAAUGCUGUCAUUGAAAGCUGCUAUACUGCCAGUGUUGCGCUCGCACUGCGUCACGUCCAAUGGCAGCGUCCAACUCAAGAAUCGCUGAAUUAAAGUAAUGAGAAAUAGUUAAUUUUGGUUGCAUAUGGCCUCCAAGAAGCUACUAGCUAGCAGAAACUCUAGCUAGCUAGCUACAUUGACUAUUUUCACAAUGUAAACAAAAGCAACUUGUGUAAUUAGAGGAUCAUUUAGUACAACCAUUAGCAAUAAUUGAAUGAGUACUUGCGAUAAACUGGACCAAAGCUAUUGUACUUACGCAUUAUCGAUGAAUAUGGUACAAAACAACGCGCUCUGUGUAGCAGGUAGAGCGUCACAUUGACGCAACACUGAUGGCAAACUCAUAUAGUGGAGUUGAAGUGUCUCUCGCUCUCUCCGUGUCUCUUGCUCUCUCGCGCUUUCCCUCUAUCUGUCGCUUGCUCUCUCCAUAUCUCUUGCGCUCGCUUUCGCUGUCUCUCGCUCGCUCUCUCUCCGUCUCUCGCUCGCUCUCUCUCCGUCUCACCCGCUCCGUCUCUCGCUCUAGUGCGCUCUAUCGCUCUCUCUCUGUCCAUCUGUCGCUCUCUCUCUCUCUCCAUUUGUCACUCUCUCUCCACCUGUCUCUCUCUCCCUCUCCAUCUGUCUCUCUCCAUCUGUCGCUCUCUCUCUCUAUCUGUCGCUCUCUCUCUCUAUCUGUCGCUCUCUCUCUCUAUCUGUCGCUCUCUCUCUCCAUCUGUCGCUCUCUCUCUAUCUGUCGCUCUCUCUCUCCAUCUGUUGCUCUCUCUCUCCAUCUGUUGCUCUCUCUCUAUCUGUCGCUCUCUCUCUCCAUCUGUUGCUCUCUCUCUCCAUCUGUCGCUCUCUCUCUCUAUCUGUCGCUCUCUCUCUCCAUCUGUCGCUCUCUCUCUCUAUCUGUCGCUCUCUCUCUCUCUCCGUCGCUCUCUCUCUCCGUCUCUCGCUCUAGCGCAGCCUGGCUAGCUUCUGCCCCCUUGAGAAGAUUCAGACAAAAUACUAAACAGACUUGAUUCUCUCAAUCCGUAGUAUGAUGUGAGACACAUUUGAAAGAAGUACCGAAAAAGUACAGUUCCGGUAUACCAUGCAACACUAAUAUGAACUACAGCUUUAACCAUCCCCUCUCCCCACCUUGGCCCACUCUAGGAGCUCCAGGGGUACCGUGUGUGUCGGUGGCGUGUGGCGGUGGUUGGUCUUUUGGUGCUCUGUACGGGGGGCUUCCUCCUGCUGCUGCUCUACUGGAUGCCAGAAUGGUGUGUGAAGGCCACCUGUAGCCGGACCACCAUCAGAGAGGCCGAAGUUGUGCUGCUCCAAUCAACCGUAAGUCAUUGUCCUCAUUACUAUGGCAGCAACCAUUCUCGAUAUUUCAGUAACACUUUAUUUUAAAGUAGAUAUAUCAGCCACCAAUUUGUAGUUAAUAAAAAGCAUAAACUCCCAUAGGCCUAUUUCCCGUGGGAUCAUGGCACAUGCUUUCUCUUUAAAAUGCAAUGUUGGCCUACAAUGAACCCAUGUUAUCCAUAUACAGUGCCUUCAGAAAGUAUUCAGACCCCUUGACUUUUUACACAUUAUAUGUUACAGCCUUAUUCUAAAAAUGAAUUUUAAAAAAUUUCCCUCAUCAAUCUACACAAAAUACCCCAGAAUGACAAAGCCAAAAAAUAGUUUUUUUUUAUUUUUAUUUUAGCAAAUGUAUUACAAAUAAAAAACGGAAAUAUCAGAUUUACAUAAGUAUCUUUACCCAGUACUUUGUUGAAGCACCUUUUGGCAGCGACUACAGCAUCGAGUCUUCUUAGGUAUGACGCUACAAGCUUGGGACACCUAUAUUGGGGAGUUUCUCCCAUUCUUCCCUGCAGAUCCUCUCAAGCUCUGUCAGGUUGGAUGGGGAGUGUUGCUGAACAGCUAUUUUCAGUUCUCUCCAGAGAUGUUCGAUCGGGUUCAAUUUCGGGCUCUGGCUGGGUCACUCAAGGACAUUCAGACACUUGUCUCGAAGCCACUCCUGCGUUGUCUUGGCUGUGUGCUUAGGGUUGUUGUCCUGUUGGAAGGUGAAACUUUGCCCUAGUCUGAGGUCCUGAGCGCUCUGGAGCAGGCUUUCAUCAAGGAUCUCUCUGUACUUUGCUCUGUUCAUCUUUGCCUCGAUCCUGACUAGCUCCUGUUACGCACGCCUCUCGGAAGAGGGAACGCAACACCCUGCUACAACUCAACUCUCCGUGGUGUGAAAGGGGUAUGGGACUGUAGGUGUGAGUAAGGAUGACAAAAGGCAGAGAAUACCGUUAACAGGGAAUUUAUUCCUUCGCACGGUAAGUUUGGGGAAAAGGGGCUGGACGGAACCAAAGCAAAGAAAGUAAAUAUCAAAGCCCCCUCUCCUACCUUACCUGCCUACCCACUACUUACUUAACUAGCACCACCUGGUGCACUAACCAAAAUACAAGGGAUGGUCCGCCCAGGUCUUUCCUAGUGUGCAUAGACAGUCAACUUCUACGGGUAAUGUAUGCCCGCGGGCCUCUUGCCUAAGCACUCCCUAGGUGCCUUCCCCCCCUUGGGAACAAAUGAAACAAAAAUAGCACAAAUUGGUUCACAACAAAAAUCUGAGAAAAAAACUAACUCAGGACAUUAAAGAAACUCUGAGCCACAAACUAACACAAAACAUUACAAUCAGCUCUCAGAGCAACAACUACACAGUACAUACCAAAUGUCUUAGCAACAACCAACAUGCUACAACUCUCAGCAAUUCUGGUUCCCCUUCCCUCUUCUGAGCAGCAGAACUGGGGCUUAUAUAGCUUCAGAAGGAGUUGGUAAUUGGAGACAGCUGCGUCCUGACGAGGGCGCAGGGUCAGCUCUCCAAUCAUCAAUGUUCAUUGACCAAUCAGCUGCUUGUUGGGGAAUUUCAGGAACCCAUUUCCUGAAAUACAUACAUGAAAAUACACAACCUACAACACAGAAACUGGGGAACGUAACGGCUCCCAGUCCCUGCCGCUGAAAAACAUCCCCACAGCAUGAUGCUGCUGCCACCACCAUGCUUCACCAUAGGGAUGGUGCCAGUUCUUGGUCACCUCCCUGACCAAGGCCCUUCUCCCCGGAUUUCUCAGUUUGGCUGGGCGGCCAGCUCUAGGAAGAGUCUUGGUGGUUCCAAACUUCUUCCAUUUAAGUUGAUGGAGGCCACUGUGUUCUUGGAAUUUCAAAGCUGCAGAAUGUUUUUGGUACCCUUCCCCAGAUCUUUGCCUCGACACAAUCCUGUCUCGGAGCUCUACGGACAAUUCCUUCAACCACAUGGCUUGGUUUUUGCUCUGACAUGCACAGUCAACUGUGGGACCUUAUAUAGACAGGUGUGUGCCUUUCCAAAUCAUGUCCAAUCAAUUGGAUUUACCGCAGGUGGACUCCAAUCAAGUUGUAGAAACAUCUGAAGGAUGAUCAAUGGAAACAGAAUGCACCUGAGCUCAAUUUUGGGUCUCAUAGCAAGGGGUCUGAAUACUUAUGUAAAUACAGUGGGCUCCAAAAUUAUUGGCACCCCUGACUGGCAAUGCACAAACAAUACUUAAAAAAAUAUAAACAAUAUAAUUAUAGAGAAACUCAAAAUACCAACAUGUGAGAAAUACUGUACUAUAUUAAUGUUUCAAUGGAACCAACCAAAAUCAUUUAUUGGUUUCACAAUUAAUGGCACCCUUAAAGAUUAUUGUAAAUAACAUCUACCAAAAUUUAAACCAGGAAUUAAAUUCCACAAAAACUAUAUUGAGCCAAUACCUCACUUCCUGUUUCACUAGGGUAUAAAAAUGAGGUAACACGCAUGCAAUAUCCCUUUGUCAUCCAACACCAUGAAGAAAACAAAAGAACUGGCAGUUCAAAAGAGACAGACAGAUGGUUGUAGACCUUCAUAAAUCUGGUAAUGACUACAAGAAGAGCCACAAAUGAUUGAAUAUACCACUGAGCACUGUCAGGGCAAUUAUUAAAAGUAUAAAAAAGAUAUGGAACAGUUGAAAACCUCACGGGUAGAGGACGCAAAUACAUUUUGCCCCCCAGGAUAGGGAGGAGGAUGGUGAGAGAAGCAACAAAAUCCCCAAGAAUCACUAUGAAAGAAUUGCAGGCCUUGGUGGCGUCUUUGGGUCACCAGGUUUCAAAAAGCACCAUCAGACGCCACCUCCACAACCACAGGCUCUUUGGAAGGGUUGCCAGAAGAAAGCCCUUUCUGACCCCAAGACACAGACGCAAGCGCUUGGAGUUUACCAAACGUCAUUUAAAUUAUGACUGGAAGAAGGUGCUCUGGUCAGAUGAGACCAAAAUUGAACGUUUUGGUCAGAUACAGCAUCGGCAUGUUUGGCGUCGAAACAGAGAUGCAUACAAGGAGAGGCACCUCAUACCCACAGUGAAAUAUGGUGGUGGGUCAGUGAUGUUUUGGGGCUGUUUUUAAUUCCAGAGGUCCAGGGGCACUGGUUAAGAUUGAUGGCAUAAUGAAUUUCACCAAGUAUCAGGCAAUUUUGGCUGACAAUCUGGUUGCCUCUGCCAGAAGGCUGGGACUUGGCCGUAGGUGGACUUUCCAACAAGACAAUGACCCAAAACAUACCUCAAGAUCCACACAGAAAUGGUUCUGUGACAUCAAAGUCAAAGUUCUGCCAUGGCCAUCUCAGUCGCCGGACCUCAAUCCAAUCGAAAAUCUGUGGGCUGAGUUGAAGAGGGCAGUUGAUAAGCGCAAACCCAAUAAUGUGAAGGAUCUUGAAAGGAUCUGCAUAGAGGAAUGGUCCAAAAUCCCUCCAAAUGUGUUCCUUAACCUUGUCAAACAUUACAGGAAAAGACUCCGUGCUGUUAUCCUUGCCAGAGAUGGUUGCACUAAGUACUAAAUGAGGAGUGCCAAUAAUUAUGAAACCUUGAUAUUGGUGACAUUUAUUUUGUAUUAAAUAAUUGUAUGAUUUUGGUUGGUUCCACUGAAACAUUAAGUACAGUAUUUCUCACAUGUUGGUAUUUUGAGUUUAUCUCUAUAAUUAUAUUGUUUAUAUUUUCUAAAGUAUUGUUUGUGCAUUUCUAGUCAGGGGUGCCAGUAAUUUUGGAGCCCACUGUAAGGUAUUUCUGUUUGAUUAUUUUUAAUAAAUUUGCUAACAUUUCUAAAAAACUGUUUUCGCUUUGUCAUUAUGGGGUAUUGUGUGUAGAUUGCUAAGGAAAAUGGUUUAUUUAAUCAAUUUUAGAAUAAGGCUGUAAUGUAACAAUGUGGAAAAAGUCAAGGGGUCUGAAUACUUUCCGAAGGCACUGUACAGGUAACUGCCAAAAUAAUGGAGACACUUGAGUAAAUGAGGGCUACAAAGUAUGUUGAAAGCAGGUGCUUCUACACAGCUGUGGUUCCUGAGUUCAUUAAGCAAUUAUAUCCCAUCAUGCUUAGGGACAUGUAUAAAAUUCUGGGCAGGCCAUUAUUUUGGCUACCUUGGCUAUGCCCCCAUAGGAUGACAAAUGUCCCCAUCCACAGGGCUUGAGUGGUCACUGGAUGGUUUGAUGAGCAUGAAAAUGAUGUAAACCAUAUGCCAUGAUCAUCUCAGUCACCAGAUCUCAACCCAAUUGAACACUUAUGGGAGAUUCUGGAGUGGCGCCUGAGACAGCUAGAAUUUGUAGCUCGCACUGAUGCGACCACAUCAAAGCGUGGAGGUGUAAUUUACACCUCUCUAGUGUGUGUAGUCUACCAGCUCACGUUUGUUGCCUAUGUUUUAAUCUAGUGCUUAUUUGACUCAUUUAUAUACCUUGCUUUAUUUGAAAGGAUUUUAGGGUUAGUUUAAGAGUGGGGGAUUACAGGGCAGUGGGUCAUCAUGAGAUUUUACGCACAGGCCCGCCAUAGACUAUAAGCGCAGCAGUUCAGUUGAUACUCUACCGUGGAUUAAUAUUACUAUUGUGAUGAAUAAUUGUCAUGGUAAUUUAGAAUGUCCCGUCAAUGAGCAUUGUGGGUAGAAAAAUACAAAACCAGGAUAAUGCAUCAAAAUUUACAAGAGCAAACUCUCCCUCAAUGAAUCAUAAGCUGUUCACAUACAAAGGCUUUUUUUUUUUUUCUUCACUAAGUACGGGAAUACAAGAGAACCUGUCACAGCUGAUGGUGUAAGUGUGUGUUUCUCAGGAUGAGUUUAAGCGCUGGUUCCUAGCCAAGGUGCGUGUGAUGCUGGCCCCCGGGAGGAACCCCUUUGACAGCCUGGAGACCCAGACCACUCCCCCCAUGGCCAACGGACACUCCCCCCACCCCUCAGACAGCCCCGCCCAGGAGUUCAACAGGAAGUACGCCGAGUACCAGCCCACUCAGGUAAUAACACGUGAUGGCACACACAAUAACACGCAUGGAUACAUGGAUGGUCUUUUUAAUUAUUUUACCUGUCUCUGUCUCACACGCUCACAAAAGUAUACACUUUCAUGGUCAAUUGGGGGGGGGGGGGGGGCACACAAAGUUUCUGUUAAAAACUUCUGUUAAUAACGUUGUCUUUUUUUUCAGAUUCGCUAUUUUACACUCCAUAGCACAAAGUACUACUGGAACGACGAGGUCCAGAAUUUUGAAGUAUUAACGUAAGCAAUUUAACGGACCAUAAUUAUAUUCAGUGACCUGGAAACUUUUCUGAAGUUGCAGUGCAUUCGGAAAGUAUUCAGACCCCUUCACUUUUUCCACAUUUUGUUAUGUUACAGCCUUAUCAAUCUACACACAAUACCACAUAAUGACAAAGCGAAAAAACAAGUUUUUAGAAAUGUUUGCAAAUAAAAAAGAACGAACCACCAAGACUCUUCCUAGAGCUGGCCGUAUGGCCAAACUGAGCAUUCAGUGGAGAAGUGCCUUGGUCAGGGAGGUGACCAAGAACCCCAUGGUCACUCUGACAGAGCUCCAGAGUUCCUCUGUGGGGACGGGAGAACCUUCCAGAAGGCCAACCAUCUCUGCAGCAUGCCACCAAUCAGGCCUUUAUGGUAGAGUGGCCAGACGGAAGCCACUCCUCAGUAAAAGGCACAUGACAGCCCGCUUGGAGUUUGCCAAAAGGCACCUAAAUGACUCUCAGACCAUGAGAAACAAGAUUCUGGUCUGAUGAAACCAAGAUUGAACUCUUUGGCCUGAAUGCCCAGCGUCACGUCUGGAGGAUACCUGGCACCAUCCCUACGGUGAAGCAUGAUUGUGGCAGCAUCAUGCUGCGGGGAUGUUUUUCAGCGGCAGGGACUGAGACUAGUCAGGAUCGAGGGGAAAGAUGAACGGAGCAAAGUACAGAGAGAUCCUUGAUGAAAACCUGCUACAGAGCGCUCAGGACCUCAGAUUGGGGUCAAGGUUCCCCUUCCAACAGGACAACGACCCUAAGCACACAGCCAAGACAACGCAGGAGUGUCUUCGGACAAGUCUCUGAAUGUCCUUGAGUGGCCCAGCCAGAGGCCCGAAAUUGAACCCGACCAAACAUCUCUGGAGAGACCUGAAAAUAGCUGUGCAGCGACAACCUGACAGAGCUUGAGAGGAUCUGCAGAGAAGAAUGGGAGAAACUCCCCAAAUACAGGUGUGCCAAGCUAGUAGCGUCAUACCCAAGAAGACUCGAGGCUGUAAUUGCUACCAAAGGUGCUUCAACAAAGUCCUGAGUAAAGGGUCUGAAUACUUAUGUAAAUGUGAUAUUUCUGUUUUUUUAAUGUGUGUGUAUCCAAGCAAAUGUGUUCCAAUGGAGGACUCUUGUUUCCCCUCCUUCAUACAUGCGUGCCCACACACACACCACAGGGGCUUGGAGGACCUGGAGGUGACCUGUUCCAACAUCCACUCAGAACACAGCACGGGGCUCACCAGCAACCAGCAGGAGUACAGGUAUACUAUUACACUUUACCCUCAACUGGAUUCCGGACUACAGCAACUACUACAGCUUAUUGAAUAACCCUGGGGUUUGCCCUUCCUAUGAUAGAUUCACCACCCCCAUCCCCCAGUGCCAGACUUCAUAACUGCCGGCCACAGCAGUACCUCUGUCACCUUAGACGACCGGACAUCCAUAGCCCAGUCACCUAACAAAGCCCUGACAACACCUUAUAAUAGCCCUGCUGUCAGUCUGCCCAGAACUGGCCUACUGCUCCCCAUGUGUCACUUACCCAGCGUCUAGUGUGUGUGUGUUGAGAGUGGGACUCUGACCUACUUAAUGUAGCACUGUCAGUGUCACACCUUAUCAAGGGUUUUAUUACAACCCUUUACAACUGUUUGUUAUAGUGUAAUGAGUUGUUAGUGUUUGAACUAAAUGUUGAACCUUUCUCUCAUUCUUUCCCACAGGAGACUGUUUUUCGGAGUGAAUGAAAUUGCAGUGAAAGUGCCUUCAGUUUUCAAGCUGCUAAUCAAAGAGGUAGGAGAGGUUUUGGGGUUUCAAUGGGAAUAAGGUAUUCAUAUCCACUACUUACAUCCUCAAAAAGUUCUACAGCUGCAACAUCGAGAGCAUCCUGACUGGUUGCAUCACCGCCUGGUAUGGCAACUGCUCGGCCUCCGACCGCAAGGCACUACAGACGGUAGUGCGUACGGCCCAGUACAUAUACUGGGGCUAAGCUUCCUGCCAUCCAGGACCUCUAUACCAGUCGGUGUCAGAGGAAGGCCCUAAAAAUUGUCAGAGACUCCAGCCAUCCUAGUCAUAGACUGUUCUCUCUGCUACCGCAUGGCAAGCGGUACCGGAGCGCCAAGUCUAGGUCCAAAAGGCUUCUUAACAGCUUCUACCCCCAAGCCAUAAGACUCCUGAACAGCUAAUCAUGGCUACCCGGACUAUUUGCAUUGCCCCCCCACCCCCUCUUUUACGCUGCUGCUACUCUGUUUAUGAUUUAUGCAUAGUCACUUUAACUCUACCCACAUGUACAUAUUACCUCGACUAACCGGUGCCUCCGCACAUUGACUCUGUACUGGUACCCCCUGUAUAUAGCCUCCCUAAUGUUAUUUUAUUUUACUGCUGCUCUUUAAUUAUUUGCAAUUUUUUAUUUUUUACUGAUCUAUUUUUUUUCUUAACACUUUUUUUUCUUUUCUUAACUGCAUUGUUGGUUAAGGGCUUGUAAGUAAGCAUUUCACUGUUGUAUUCGGCGCAUGUGGCAAAUAAAAUUUGAUUUGAUCUGAUUUUAAAGGAUGCUUGAUGUUCUUGCCAUAGAUCCUUUUUCAUUUUCUCUGAGAACUAAUUGAUAUCAUAAGCCUACACUGAGCAUACAAAACAUUAGGAACACCUCUUUCCAUGACAUACUGACCAGGUGAAUCCAGGUGAAAGCUAUUCUCCCUUAUUAUUAUCACCUGUUAAAUUCACUUCAAUGAAUGUAGAUGAAGGGGAGGAGACAGGAUAAAGAGGGAUAUUUAAGCCUUGAGACAAUUGAGACAUGGAUUGUGUAUGUGUGCCAUUCAGAGGGUGAAUGGGCAAGACAAAAUAUUUAAGUGACUGAGUGUUUCAAGAACUGCAACGCUGCUGGGUUUUUCACGCUGAACAGUUUUCGGUGUGUAUCAAGAAUGGUCCACCACCCAAAGGACAUACAGCCAACUUGACACAACUGUGGGAAGCAUUGGAGUCAACAUGGGCCAGCAUCCUUGUGAAACGCUUUCGACACCUUGUAGAGUCCAUGCCCCGAUAAAUUGAGACUGUUCUGAGGGCAAAAGGGAGUCCAACUCAAUAUUAGGAAAGGGUUCCUAAUGUGUUCCUAAUAUUUUGUACACGUUUGUAAUAAUUUACAUCCAAAGGUACAUAUGGAAAUCAAUAGCUAAUUUAUCUGAGAUCAUGAUACAGAUGUAGGAUCUUAAUUUGAGCCUGUUUGCUACAGCAGAAAAAUAAUCCUGCAGCAACAGGACAUUUGAAUUAUUAUGUGAAUUUAAUGAAUGGACAUUUUUGUGGGGUUGAUACAUUUUUCGGGAGGGAAAAUCAAGUCUGAAAUUUCAAAGUGGAAAUUACAAACUUCAGAAACCCUUUUAAACCUCAAAUACACUACAAGUUUAAAAUGUCCUGCAUUGCAGGAAAGCUCUCCUGCAACAGGGUGAUCAAAUUAAGAUCCUACAUCUGUAAUGAUAAAAAUAAUGAGAAUCAUAUCCAAGAGCGCCUGUGCGUGGCAUUCUAAUGAGAACAUUCUGUUGAAUGGAAGCCAACUAGGUUUAAAAAAUAUAUAUUGUCUGGCCAUAUUUAGAUUCUGAGUUGUUGCAGGGAGGUUGUCUUUAGUCUAAUGAGUGAACAGGGCCAACAAUGGCAGUACAAACAGCAUUUUCCACCUCCGCAGUUCCUCUCAUCUCCUUAUUGUCUGUCUAUCGCUCUGACGUCUCUCGCUCUUUCUGACCUCACACUCUCUGCGACAGUCUCCAUCGCUCUCUUGCUCUCUCUGUUGUGCGCUCUGUAUAAAGAAACACAUUGAACCAUAUGUGUCAAUCAAGGGAUAUUUGGCGUUCAUUUAUACCCUCUUCACACUAUUAAGCCAAACCAUGACUGGUUAAGCCUGUCUUAAUCAAGCAUUAUGUCAAAAUGGAUAUCAUUUGUUGCAGCUUGUUGUUUUGAAGAAGUUGUUUGAACCACCUGUCACCCUCUCUCUCCUCCUGCAGGUCCUCAACCCUUUCUACAUCUUCCAGCUCUUCAGUGUGAUCCUGUGGAGCGCUGACGAGUACUACUACUAUGCCGUAGCCAUCGUCUUCAUGUCGGUCAUAUCCAUAGCUACCUCUCUGUACACCAUUAAAAAGGUACGUCUGCCCCCCCCCCCCCCUCACCUUCCAUUAUUUUGUCUUUCUCCCCUUUCUCAACCAAGGAAAUAAUCCAAAUUAAGAGGUGAAUCUGGGGCCUUGCUGAACCAGCCUGAGCCCAACUGAGCUGGACUAACCCAGAGUUAACCGUGAUAGCCCCCUCCCCACUCUAAUCCCAGAAUCAUUCAGGUCUGCAUGAAAGGGCCCAUCUGUAUGGUCUGCUGCCCCCGAGGCCCUGGGUUCACCCUCUUACAAUCACACCGCAUAGGUAGAGAGAGAGGGGGAGGGGUGGAGGCUUCUCUGUUACCCUGAGGGAAAUUGGAAGCUGUUAGCUAGAGGCCUGUUUUUCUAGCACCUGAUGUGUGGUUCUGCUCAUUUUCUGUUUUCUGAAACUAUUCUCUCCUUUUCAGCAAUAUGUCAUGCUUCAUGACAUGGUGGCAGCACACAGUAUUGUCCGAGUUUCAGUCUGCAGAGCCAACAACGGUUUGUCUAAUAUACCUCAUUUAGAUUUUAUGCACUUUGGCUAGUGUUCAAUUAGCCGCUAGAACAGCACACCUUUUUUUGUGUGUCUGCGGCAGUGGGCUCAGGCUGUGCAUAUGAUGCCUCAGCGUUUUUCCCCUGCUGCCCAGAGUGGCAAGAGUAAUGAGAGAUGUGCUGAACAAGACUGACGCACAGAAUACCUCUCCUUUUCUCCCUCUCCCUACCUCCCUCCUCUACUUUCCCUUCCUCUCUCUCCCUCCCCAUCCUCUCCCCCCUGUCUCCACACCUACUCCCUCUCUCCUCCCAUUUGUGUUGGAUCAUCGCAGACAUCGAGGAGGCCCUAUCCACUGACCUGGUGCCCGGCGAUGUCAUGGUCAUCCCUAGCAACGGGACCAUCAUGCCGUGCGAUGCGGUGCUGGUCAGUGGCACCUGCAUUGUCAACGAGAGCAUGCUGACGGGUGAGACCCGGAGAUCCUGCCUGCUCUCUGUCCCUCUCUGUGUGUCACUGCUGGUCACUUUCCAAAUACAUAAUUUAUAUUUUACAUUUGUGCAAAGCCGCACACAACACUACACUCUGUACAUGCUGUAUACUUCGGCAAGGCACCAAAGCUCCCAGACUUAAACUCAGUCUCCCCUCCUCGCUCCCCCCUCCUGUCCCUGUCUCUCCUCCCUCCUCCCCCAAGGCGAGAGUGUGCCCGUCACCAAGACCAACCUCCCCAACCCGGGCGAGGGGGACAAGGAGGGCGACGAGGCCUACAGCAUGGAGGAGCACAAGAGACACACCCUCUUCUGUGGCACGCACAUCAUCCAGACCCGCUUCUACUCAGGGGAGCUGGUCAAGGCAGUGGUGGUCCGCACAGGUUAGUGUGUGUGUCCUCAGUCACAACACACACGCACACAAUACCUAUAUUAUUUUUGUUUGAUCAUGAUCUGCCCUCAGUUGUCAUAUUCUGAAUUCUGCUAUCAUCUAAACAUGCUCCUCCUCCUCAUCGUCCUCCAGGUUUCAGCACAGCUAAGGGCCAGCUGGUUCGCUCCAUCCUCUACCCCAAGCCCACAGAUUUCAAGCUGUACCACGAUGCCUACCUCUUCCUGUUGUGCCUGGUGGCUAUAGCCGGUAUCGGCUUUGUCUACUCCAUCGUCCUCAGCAUCAUGAACAAGGUACUGGACUGAACAGAACAGGACGCUCUCACUGGGCUACUGCUAGGCUGGGGAGAAAGAGAAAGUGCGGCAGGGAAGAGGGAGAGUGAUUAGUCCUUUAGAUGGUGUAGAAGGUGUCUAGGUCAGUGGAUUGUGGUCAAAGCAUUUAAUUGUAAAAUGGAGUUGAACUGAAAAAGACUAUGGCUAUUUAGCUUCACGUCCAAUUCAAUACCUACAUGAACUCCUAUUGUAUUGGAAUUGUUUUCUUGCCCUCUCCUCUACUGUGGCCCAGGUGCCAGCCAAGACCAUCAUCAUCGAGUCCCUGGACAUCAUCACCAUUACCGUGCCCCCUGCACUGCCCGCUGCCAUGACGGCGGGCAUCGUGUACGCCCAGCGCCGCCUCAAACGCAUCGGCAUAUUCUGCAUCAGCCCCCAGAGGAUCAACAUCUGUGGCCAGCUCAACCUCGUCUGCUUCGACAAGGUGGACACACACACACACACACACACACACACACACACACACACACACACACACACACACACACAAACACACACACACUAGCAGUGGAGAGGCUAUGCUUGGGAAACUAGUUGUGUUGUGGUCUGGUGAUCUGAUAUGGUAAUCACCCUGCUUAACAGUUACUUCUCUAUAUUUACUUCUCCCCUAUUCACCAUCUCUGUUCCUCUCUCCUCAGACGGGUACACUCACAGAGGAUGGACUAGACUUAUGGGGAGUCCAGAGAGUGGAGAAUGGCACUUUCCACCUGUCAGAGGAGAAUGCCUACAAGGAGAGUCUGGUCAAGUCCCAGUUUGUAGCCUGCAUGGCCACCUGCCACUCUCUUACCAAGAUCGAUGGCCAGCUGUCCGGAGACCCUCUGGACCUGAAGAUGUUUGAGGCCACAGGUUGGGUGAGUGACUGAAACUGGACCUUUAACCUCUAACCUCUGUGUCCUUCACUCUUUCUUUACCCAACCAAUGUGUUUCAUGCAGAGAUAUGUCGAAAGUAUAGUGGAGAAGUUGCUUUGAGAGAUUUUCCGGCUUACUAUUUCUUACAUCUUAAUGUUAUUUUCGGAACACAUAUUUGUUUCCAACGGACUUUCAAUGUUGUGCCGAUCACACUUAUGGGUCCAUUUUGAGAUGUUGGUCAGUUGAAAUAUCCACUUUCGAUGCAGCUUAGAGUUUCUUUCAUGUUUACUCCUCCCUACUCUCCUUGUCAGAUCCUGGAGGAGGCCACUGAGGAGGAGACCUCCCUCCACAACCGCAUCACGCCCACCGUGGUGCGGCCCCCCAAACAGCUGAUGCCCCCCGAGCCUGUCAUGUCACCUGAACAGGACAUGGUACGAACAAGGCUCAGUGCUGCCUCCAAUGGACAUCCACCCUCAGCAUUGAUCAUGUCUCACUCAUCACAUGUUGAUUUGGUCUGUUGCUGUUAGCUCUUGCUAAUGUGUAAAAUAUUAAGUUCCUUACUUUCAUGUUAAUCAUAGCUCUGAAUGGUAUCUAGGUUUUCACCUUUCACACUUUCUAUGUUCCUCUCACCUGUCACAUUCUUUGAAAUGCACUGUUUUGAUUGUACAUUCACUCUGUUUACUUCACUUUCACACUGUAGGAGCUGUAUGACUUGUCGGUAAGUAGCGCUAUAUCUUGUUUUAAUAUUUCUUGUAGUUUGACUUAGAGGUGGAAGGUAAUUCUGUGUAUUGUGUCCCCAUAUAGUUGGCCUAUGAGAUUGGUAUUGUGCGUCAGUUCCCCUUCUCCUCGGCGCUGCAGAGGAUGUGUGUGGUAGCCCGUCUGCUGGGGGAGAAGCGCAUGGAUGCCUACCUCAAGGGCGCGCCAGAGGUGGUGGCCAGCCUCUGCAAGAAAGACACUGGUUGGUGUCUUAACUAUUUACUCUGAAUUUGACAAUACAUUUUGCAGACGCUCCUAUUGAGAAGAAGUUACGACCAGUAUAGUAACAAACGAAUGCUCUGCUUUUCAGUUGUAGCCUUGGACUAACCAAGCGUGAAAAUCAUGGGCACUUCAUAUGAAUGGUGUAUUGACAUGAUGCCAAUGCCAUGAUAAAGACGAGCAGUUUAAGUAAAAGAUUUUGCUCCCUGGAAUUUUUCAUUUUGAAGAUGUUUUCUAAACCAUCUCUCUGUCUGUGUAGUUCCAGAGGACUUUGCAGAGGUUCUGGAGGACUACACCAAGCAGGGCUUCCGGGUCAUAGCCCUGGCCCACCGCCGCCUCGAGUCCAAACUCACCUGGCACAAAGUCCAGAAUGUCAACAGGGACCACAUCGAGGUCAACAUGGAGUUCCUGGGUCUGAUCGUCAUGCAGAACAAGCUUAAGGCAGAGACCCCCGGGGUACUGGAGGACCUCCGCAGGGCACACAUCCGCACUGUCAUGGUCACUGGUGAGAAAGCUGGCACACCAACAUGUUUAUCAUAUAAACAUACACAGACAUUCAGUAAAACAUCAAAUGCAUCCUCCCUCCCUUGGAAGUCAUCACUGAUCUGACUUGAUUGGAUCUGUGAAAGCCUUUCAGUAGACUUGGAUGCCAAUGGUCUUGGAUCAGUGAUGAGUUACAUCAAGGAAAGGAGGGAGGAAGGAGGCAUUUAAAAAGUAUUAGGACAGCGCCCUUGCCUCAGGUAUUAUGUCUUUUUAUAUUUUUAAUUUAUAUGCCAUUUAGCAGAUGCUUUUUUCCAAAGCGACUAUAAUCAUGCAUGCAUACAUUUUACAUAUGGGUGGCCCUGGGAAUCGAAUCCACAAUACUGGCGUUGCAAGCGCCAUGCUCUACCAACCGAGCCAUACAGGACCACUAUCAGACAUGAGAGGUUGUCACUCUCUAAUGACAACCACUAGUGCCCACUCAUACUGUAGCCAUGCCUCGCACACAGAGAAUGUGCGAGUGGCUAUGAGGAGCUUUGGGUUUUUGUUGUGGUUGUCAAAGCUUUAUGGAGGUAUUCCUGGAAUCCAGACUAAUAAAGUUCAGGGCCUUGCAGCUUAACGGGCAGAAAUCGCCAAAGUCCAGCCCGGUGUCUCUCUCUCUCCCUCUGUCGCUUUCAGCACUGGAAAUGUAAUCACACAAUUAUAUGGUUUCACUUCCAGCCAACCCCUCUCACUAACCCGUGGCCUGUCAUGCGGACCGCUGGUCCAGAGCCAGUAUGCCCAGGCCGCCCCAUUCCAACCCCUACCCAGGUUUAGAAUGUCACAAAGAGCAUAGCGCCAGGACAAUACCCCCCUGUGUCUCACACUUCAGGGAAUAGGAUGCGGUAGCCUCUUGUGCAAUGAUCUGAGAUCUGUUUUGUGUCCCCCCCCCCCAAAUAAUGGUUAAUGCCUAAGGGUAACAUUUAACAUAUCUCCUUUCCUCCAGGUGACAAUAUGUUGACGGCCAUCUCGGUGGCCAGGGACUGUGGCAUGAUCCCCCCUCAGGACCGGGUCAUCAUCGCCGACGCGCUGCCCUCCAAAGAUGGUCAGUUGGCCAAGAUCAGCUGGCGCUACGCAGACAACCCCAGCAAACAUUCGGGCAAAGCCCCACGCCUGGAGGUGAGAGAUGGACCCCUGGUGGUGGGUGUGGCUAAUUACAGCUCUGACUGACAGACAGACAGACAGACAGACACACACUGUCUAGAUGCUGCGUGAGUGAGACAUGGAAAACAGACACACACCCCCCACACAUAUGUGAGUGCCCUCUGUGGGUCUGUAUGAGUCAUGAUUAAGCUAGUUGCUCUGAUCCCCCUCAGUUCCAAUGAGAGCCAUGCAGGGUCACAUCAGAACUCAGAAAUAGCCCAGUGAGCACACGCAGCAGGAAUGGAUGAAUGAAUGGGUGUGUUCUGUGUUCCAGACAAUGGCACACAUGGAGGUCACACAGCCAGCCAGUCAUUGUUUCAGAUUGUGUCUAGAUGCUAUCAGGAAUAUGUAUAUUUACUUGCAUACCUUAAAGGGAUAGUUUGGGAUUUUGGCAAUGAAGCCCUUUAUCUACUUCCUCAGAGUCUGAUGAACUUGUGGAUACUAUUUAUAUGUGUUGUUCAGUUUGAAGGAAGUUGCUAACCAGCGUUAGUGCAAUUGCUUACUAGCAUUAGCGCAAUGACUGGAAGUCUUGUAGACUUCGUCGUUGCGCUAACGCUAGUUAGCAUUGGCUCACGAAACUUCCUCUAACUUCCUUCAUACUGGACGUUGAGACAUAAAAAUGGUAUCCUUAGUUCAUCUGACUCUGAGGAAGUAGAUAAUAUAAUAAUAUAAUAUGCCAUUUAGCAGACGCUUUUAUCCAAAGCGACUUACAGUCAUGUGUGCAUACAUUUUUACGUAUGGGUGGUCCCGGGGAUCGAACCCACUACCCUGGCGUUACAAGCGCCAUGCUCUACCAAUUGAGCUACAGAGGACCACAUAAAGGUAUAGGGCUUCAUUGCCAAAUCCCUAUAAGGUCUCCACAUUAGUUUAUAUGGGAACCAGUGGUAAUUUUGUCAACAAAUAUAGUGACAAAAAUAUUUGUCAAACACCUAUUUUUCAGUGGCAAUUGACAAGACUAUAACUGACUAAAUAGACCCAGAAAAAAACGAAACGAAAAAUAUUUUUCAUUUCAGUUUACUAAAACGAGACAAGAAUAAAUUCUCUCUGUGACUAAAAUCGGACUACUAAGUGGACUGGACAGAAGUUUUUGGAGAGAUUGAGAGCUUUUCAGUGAUGAGCACAAUUAAUAUUAGCAGCACAGAUGCGCAGCGCAGUUCUGUUCAGCAGUGGGAAGGACGCACCACACCCGACACAUACAGCCUACAUCAGGUGAGCUGCGGGGGAGCAAGCGAUGACGCAGACAGGCCCCGCCUCUGAUUCUACACAUUGCGCAGGCGACUCUUUUGCUUCCCGUAUCUAACCAGUCACCACCAGCUUUCUAGUUGGCUACCCUUUGCCUGGUUAAGAAACACAAGCUGCUUUACGAAAUUAAAAACAAUAGCGGCAUUGAGUUUAAAAGUAAAACAACAGUCUAGCUAUGCUUUUCUCUCCCUUGUGUAUAGAAAAAUAGGCUGUCUUUGAAUUUGUAUUAAUUUCCCACUUUCCCCACUGCAUUUCAUAGGCAGGUUCUGUAGCCAAGUCUCCCUCUUUUCCUCAGAGAAACAGCUUGAUUUUAGCCCUUACGGUUCAAAGGAUAUGACCCAUAAUACCGGCACUACGUUUUUUUUGAGCACUUGGACCAGGACUCGAGCACUGGGACUCAGACUUCAGCCAAAGAGAUUCGUGACUCAACCAUUAGUGAUUAGGACUUGGACUUGGACUCAGACUCGAGCACAGGGGACUUGGGACUCGAUUCGGACUCUAGGUUUAGUGACUCGACUACAUCACUGGGCGAAACAGUCAUUAGCUCCCAUUCUACUUUUGGACACCAAUGUGGCUGCGUUGUCUGUGAAACGUUGAUAACAAUGCCAGUGACGUGACAGAGGUGCAACCCAUGCUACUUUGCCAAUACUUUGCGGUACCAUCUGGUGAUUAUGCUUCUCGCUCUCCACUUGUGUAUGUCUGUUUGUUCUGUAUGUAAUGUACAAUAUCUAUGUAGGCUGAAUUAGGAAUUUACAUGGCCACAUAAUUCUUAUAUAUGUUUGUCAUAUUUCUGCUGUUGGGCAGAGAAUAGGAUGUUAUGCAGAAAAAUAUAUUAGUAGGACAACGCUAUGCAUGUUUGCACAUGGAAGUCAGUGAUUUAUGUUUACUAUAGGUUAAUGAGGCAAUACACAUGUGAUGUGACUAAAAUGAAAGUGUAUUUAGUUUACUAAAAUGGCCCACAGUUUUUUUCAUUUUGACAAUAACUAGAUAAUCAUUAUUUGAAUGUAAAACAUUUGACUAAGACUUAAUUAUAUUUUAGUCAGAAAAGAGUGCCAAAGUUAACACUGAUGGAAACUGAAGUUAUUAGUCGCUAACUUGAACAAUUGUUACUCUACAUAAGCCAUGUUGUAUCAAUAAUUUGCCAGAUGUCAUUCUUCCCUAUCUCACCUUUACCUGCUUACCCCCGCCCCUUCCUGUCCCAACAGGAAGUAGAGAUCAGUCUAGAGGAUGUGUGUCACACUGACGAGCCCAAGUCUCAGGACCAGUACCACUUCGCCAUGAGUGGCAAGUCCUUCGCUGUCAUCACUGAGCACUUUCAGGAUCUGCUACAGAAGGUAACGGGGGACCGAAGUCACUGUAACACUACCCCCCCAUUCCCCAAUAAACACAUAGCUAUUGCUGUUGUGAUUUGGUUGUGUCUAAUGCAUUGUUGUCGGCCUAUCUGAUUUAGUUGGUGCUGCGUGGCACAGUGUUUGCCCGAAUGGCCCCCGACCAGAAGACCCAGCUCAUUGAGGCACUGCAGGGUGUGGAGUGAGUAGAGACACUACUGACACAUGGGCACAAAUAGCACAGUACACACUCUCACCCUCUUCAUAAAUCUGUUCAAAUAUUGAACAAAAAUUGCAUUCGUUUACACAUUUUGUACAUUACAUUUGCAAACAGUAAAUGAUCGUAUCUUUUCUCAUCUGCAGCUAUUUUGUGGGCAUGUGUGGAGACGGUGCAAAUGAUUGUGGUGUAAGUACAGACCUCUUUUGAAAGCAUUUUUGUUGUCAAAUGAUCAUGCAGGUAGAAGUAAAAAUACUAUGUUAUUGCUCAAAUUUGCUUAAUGUUUCUUUUGACUUUUUACACCGCCUCCCUCGCUCUCUAGGCUUUGAAGAAGGCUCAUGGAGGGAUCUCUCUCUCUGAGCUGGAGGCAUCUGUAGCCUCUCCCUUCACCUCCAGGACCCCCAACAUCUCCUGUGUGCCCAGCCUCAUCAGGUAGGCCUGCUCUGGGCCUCGAGCACCAGAAUAUUACCCAUCAGCUAAACAUGGCUAACAAACUAACACCAGCCUACUGCCAAGCUUGGAGACUGAUCAGUCAGCCUUAUAAAAGCACUUGCAUGCUGACUCACUUGAUUGCUCCUAAAAAAGAAACUAUUUAUCUCUUCACAGAGAAGGGCGAGCGGCUCUCAUCACCUCCUUCUGUGUGUUCAAGUUCAUGGCCCUCUACAGCAUCAUCCAGUACAUCAGUGUCACCCUGCUCUACUCUGUGAGUACAGUACCCCUCCCUUAGUUUCUGCACUCCUGUGAGGAUAUUACUAGUCUCUGGUAUAUACAGUAGCUGACCUCUGACCUUAUCUCUCUGUAACCAUGUCAGAUCCUCAGUAACCUGGGAGACUUCCAGUUCCUUUUUAUAGACAUCGCUAUCAUCCUCCUCAUCGUCUUCACCAGUAAGUAGAGCAACACUAAUUAGUUUGACACUUGUCCACAAGUGUCCAGAUACUUUUAUUGCGAUUUCACUUGGUUUUGAGAAACUUACCCCACCAGCAAUAUACUUCCUCAUUGCUCGUUCUGCAGUAUGGGGGCCACGGAUAAACAUUAACAAAGUUUCCAAAAACACCCAAAUACUUUAUUUUAGAAACGACAAAGCUCUCAGUAUAGUGAUGCAGGUCUUUAAAUGUUGUUGCUACAUUUCUCAAAACCAAGUGAAAUUGCAGAAAAAAGUGAACUUGUCCUUUAGAUUAAUGUUUGAUCUACUACUAGCUUUGCUGGGUUGGUACUUCACUCUCUCUACCAUCCUAUCUUCCGGUUCCUUACUUACUUCCCUGUCUCUUUGUCAUUGCCUCUCCCACCUUCUCUGUCCAGUGUCUCUGAACCCAGCGUGGAAUGAGCUGGUGUCAAGGCGUCCCCCCUCAGGUCUGAUCUCAGGCCCUCUGCUGUUCUCCGUGCUUACUCAGAUCCUCAUCUGUCUAGGCUUCCAGACCAUCGCCUUCCUCUGGGUCCGACACCAGGCCUGGUACCACAUCUGGACGCCACAGUCAGAGUGAGUCCAAGUUCAACCCCCAAGCUAACUACUGGACCUAUUCAAAACACACCAUUGGGGGAUAGCAGUAACAAUUUAAAAUCACUAAUGAAUCACCAUUAAGACAACCGUUCCAGUGCAAACACACCAAUAAGACACCUGUAACAAUGGACCCAUGAGAAGACACUACCAGACUCAAAACAAACCAAUAAGCCAACUGUAAACACAGUAACAUCAUUCCCAUAUACCGUGAAUGUCUUACUGUAUAUCAUUACUGCAAACAGUAGGGGUGUCGCCAGCCAGCUUUUGACUUGUAAAGCUGCUUCCCGAUAUACAUAUGACUGUGUGUGUAUCCCUGUUCUCUCCUCUCCCAGUGCCUGCAACCCGUCCCCCCAUGCCAACUUCUCCCCGAAACACAACUCCUCUGAGGACGACCACAACAUCAAGAACUACGAGAACACCUCCCUGUUCUACGUCUCCUCCUUCCAGUACCUCAUCGUGGCCAUCGUGUUCUCCAAGGGGAAGCCCUUCAGACAGCCCAGCUACAAAAACUGUGAGGACCCCUACUAACACCAAUGUUCCCACGUAUCCACCUGAAAAUCGGAUAAAAGUGUUAUUUAAAAGUGUUGGUUCUAAAAUCAAGUUAGGGUUUGAGAUUGGUUGGAACUGCACAACCUUUUUCUGUGUGACUGACCUAUGUUUGAUUAGUUUUUCUGUCCGUCUCUCUUUCUCUACAGGGCCCUUCGUGGUGUCUUGUAUUGGCCUAUACAUAUUUCUGUUCUUCAUCAUGUUCUACCCUGUGUCUGCUAUCGAUGAAUUCCUAGAGGUGAGUGGACAUCAACCAUGAGAGACGAGCUUCAUACCGAUAUUAGCCUCAAGCUUCGGUUGAAUUGGGACCUACAAUAAUGACAUUGUGAAAUAACAUGGCAUUGCUUCACUUUUUGUUUAAAUGUGCUCUUGUGAAUCUGUUUCUCUGUUUUCCCCCGUCUAGAUUGUGUGUGUUCCGUUUGAAUGGAGAAUCAUUCUGUUCUUCAUCAUCGUAGUCAAUGCAGCCGUGUCUGUCUUGGUGGAGGUAACACACACACACACACACACACACACACACGCACAUUCAAGUGAGAUGUGCGCUGUCCACACACACACAAUUCCUCCCUUUCUUUAAAUACAACCUGCAAUCACCACAGUGACGGCCACGCCGUAACCCACUCAGCGCAUUACAUCUAAUUGGGUGGUUGGUUACACACCCAGGCUCUGCUCUCUCAAUCGCCAAGCGUAGACAAGUGGCAGUAAAUGAUGACCUAGAGCUGUGUGGCCCAAUGAUAGAGAUGGCUCACCGGUGAUUUACUAUUAGAAAAUGCCCCUGGCUUGCCCUGCGCAGUAGAGCAGUUCUCUAUCCCCCCACUUGAGCCUCCCAAGCCCCCACACAGCUUAGCAGUGACACUAGAUGGCGUUCUCUCCAAGGCUGCCAACCUCCCACACACCAACCAAUGACGCUCAAUGGAUAGUCACCAGCAACAGAUCCCUGUCACACAACAAAAUCCACUUUAAAAAGCACCAUUCUCCUGUUGUAGAUGAUGACACCCUCUUUCUCAUUUUAUUUGUCUUCAUUUAUGUUGAGAAUAACCCCCUUUUCCUCUCCUCACGACUAACGCACAGCCCUGAAAUCACCCUAAAUGUCCAUUCAAUAGUUUGACUAUUCAAAAAACUAAUGAGGAUGGACAAAAUCUUCUUGAGGAAAGCUGUGUGAUCAAGUAGCCACUCUACUCUUUGUAAUUAUUUCCUGCCCACUGCGCCUAUUAUUCCAUAGACCCUCGUCCUUGACGUCGUCUUAUGGAAGCUUGUGUUCAGCCGAGACAAGCAGGGCAGCUAUGGCGCCACCCCCGCCACCCCGACAACACAGGUUGGGAAAUCUGACACUCCUCCUCUUCCACCGUCGCUUUUAAUCCCCCCCCCCCCCCCUUUCUUCUCUCUCCCCUUUUCUUCUCGCUCUCUCCUUUCUCUCACCCAGCACUCUUAUUAUAUAACCUACCCAUAUCUUGCAUGUACAGACCUGACGGUUCUCUGACCCCUCUUUCGCCCCCUGGUGGGUUGUCUGUGUUAUUACUCUCCUCUGGUAGCACGAUUCCCCCAUGUAUUUAACACCCUGAGCAGUAGUACAGUAUUGGCUCCAGUAAGCUCCUCCCGCUGCAUGCGCCUCAAAGCGUCCCCUGUUAGCCCCUAACAGUGUGAGUGGAAACCGCAUGGUCUAGAUCAGGUACAGUAUGUAUCCACCGCAGGCUAGCUGAGAAGGGUAUGUGCCCCACACAUGGUGUCACAAAUUAUCCUAAUUACCUUCUCUGUUGCACUGCAUUUUAGCAUGUCUGCUUGUUUUGAGGUAAUCCUCGGGCAGAAAAACAACAAUCCCCCAAACGUAUUGCCAUGCUAGAAUUUGAAUUACCUAAGAACUGUUUCUGUUGAAAUUAUAGCAUUUUCUCAACAGUUAAAAACCAUUAUAAAACAAUGUGUGUGCAUGCUGCAAUAGUGAACCAAUCUGAAUACCAUCACUACCUUCUUUAGGUUAUAUAGUGCAUGUAGUGACAUAAGCAUGUGAGAUCAUUCUACCUUCUAAAGGCUUAAAAAUACGAAAGAGAAUUGGAAAGAGAAUGAAUGAGGAAACAUAUCCACAGAGGAAAAAAAUAUUCAUUAAGUUUUCUUUGCCCUUUUCCCCUUUCCCUCCUCUCUUGUUGUUGUUAUCGUGCGGUUUCCAGGGUGGCAUAGACCUCUGGGGACCCAAGUGUCUGUCGUGGCUGUGCUGCCGGCAGAGGAAGGUACCCAAAGCGCGCUACAUGCACCUGGCCCAGGAGCUGAGCGUGGACCCCGACUGGCCCCCCAAACCAACCACCACCACCGAGGCCAAUCCCCCGCCGCCCGGCAACACCCCAGAAAACAACUCCCCCUACCAGAUCAUGACCGACUCCUAGCACCCCCCCGCCCCCAAUCUCACUAAAGCAGAUACACACACUCGCGCACACACAUACACGACCAAAAGGACAAAAAUAAACUGUUGUCUAUGAAAAGAACGAGACUCUGAAAGAUGGGGUGAUGGUAAAAAUGGUUUGUGGGGUGGACAAAUGGGAGUGUGGAUCCUCCAGAGCCUCUCUGGUAUCUGGUCUCUCCAUGCUCUUUGCUGCUCAGAUCCAUCACAGUGUUCAGACCCUGGCUGGUCUACAUAACCCCCAACAACCAAACCCCUCAACCAGCCACCACCCCCUGGUCUACUACACAAAUACAUCCCAAGGAUAGUUUACUCCAGCGAUUCUCAACUGGUGGGUCGCAACCCAAAUCUAGGUCAAGGGUGGUUUUGAAUGGGUCGCAGGUGACUGAGUUAAAAAAACAUAAGACUUUUUGUUUUUUUAUUUAAAAAAAUAUCCAGUCUGAACUUAAACAACUAAUACAAUAAUUUAAUCUAUGACCUAUUUUUCUUCAAUCACUGUAUUUUCAAUAUAGAGCUAUUAGCAGCGCUAUUUAGCAGAUUUGGUUGAUUUUGUAGUCUUAAACCAGUGAGUUUAUUAAUAUUCUUCCUGAAGAAUAUGGUCAAAAUUGAAUGAUUUCCUUUGUCAUAUAAUUGCUACAAUUACUAUCAAUAUAGCAUAAAAAUAAUUUUCCAGAUUGCAUUUUUGCUAAUUUUCUUUGCGAUGCAAAUGCUCUACAUGACCAAAUGUAUGCGAACACCUGCUCGUCGAACAUCUCAUUCCAAAAUCAUGGGCAUUAAUAUGGAGUUGGUCCCCCCUUUGCUGCUUUAACAGCCUCCACUCUUCUUGGAAGGCUUUCCAUUAGAUGUUGGAACAUUGCUGCAGGGACUUGCUUCCAUUCAGCCACGAGCAUUAGGGAGGUCAGGCACUGAUGUUGGGUUAUUAGGCCUGGAUCGCAGUGGGUGGGGUUGAGGUGUUCGAUGGGGUUGAGGUCAGGGCUCUGUGCAGGCCAGUCAAGUUCUUCCAGACCGAUCUCGACAAACCAUUUCUGUAUGGACCUUGCUUUGUGCAUGGGGGAUUGUCAUGCUAUAGCAGGAAAGGGCCUUCCCCAAACUGUUGCCACAAAGUUGGAAGCACAGAAUCGUCUAGAAUGUCAUUGUAUGCUGUAAUGUUAAUAUUUCUAGCCCGAACCAUGAAAAACAGCCCCAGACCAUUAUUCCUCUUCCACCUAACUUUACAGUUGGCACUAUGCAUUCGGGCAGGUAGCGUUCUCCUGGCAUCUGCCAAAUCCAGAUUCGUCAGUCGGACUGCCAGAUGAUGAAACGUGAUUAAUCACUUCAGAGAACGCGUUUCCACUGUUCCAGAGUCCAAUGGCAGCAAGCUUUACACCACUCCAGCCGACGCUUGGCAUUGCACAUGGUGAUCUUAGGCUUGAGUGCAGCUGCUCGGCCAUGGAAACCCAUUUCAUGAAGCUCCAGACGAACAGUUCUUGUGCUGACAUUGCUUCCAGAGGCAGUUUGGAACUCUGUAGUGAGUGUUGCAACCAAGGACAGACUAUUUUUACGUGCUUCCGCACUCAGUGGUCCCGUUCUGUGAGCUUCUGUGGCCUACCAUUUCGCGGCUGAGCCUAGACGUUUCCACUUCAAAAUAACAGCACGUACAGUUGACCGGGGCAGCUCUAGCAGGGCAGAACUUUGACGAACUGACUUGUUGGAAAGGUGGCAUCCUAUGAUGGUGCCAUGUUGAAAGUCACUGAGCUCUUCAGUAAGGUUAUUCUGCUGCCAAUGUUUGUCUAUGGAGAUUGCAUGGCUGUGUGCUCGAUUUUAUACACCUGUCAGCAACGGGUGUGGCUGAAAUAGCCGAAUCCACUAAUUUGAAGGGGUCCACAUACUUUUGUGUGUGUAUAUAGUGUAUCAAGUCGUGACUGAGACAACCUGGUUUAAUUUGGGUCCGGGGCAAAACCAGUUGAGAACCACUGGUCUACUCCAUAUCCACCCCCCUUUUCCUCCUCACCUGCAGUCCAAGAGUCCACGGUGUCCACAGGCUGGGUCUUGUGGCAGAGUCAGACCCCCGUGACUCACUGCUUUUUGUCCCUUGCUGAAAUAUGUAGCAAACUAACAAACUCCAAUCUUCGUUCUAAUUUCUACAUUUGAAGUUGCUGUUGCCGUGAUUCCCCCAGGAGCUCAAGAUCUUCUCCCAUUGCUUUUGUUUGUAAGCAGCCAUCAGACAUCUCCACUAACAUGGUUAUUAUCAUACAGGGGACUCGAAGCAUGGAUGUGCAUGAACCCAGCUCCGUAUAGCCAUUGUUAUAUGGUGGUUGGAACACUACUGCUUACCCAACAGUACUGUAAGCUUAUUAUUGCUGAACAUUGACCAGAACCUUUUUGUAUUAUGAAACAGUAUGUGCGCACAAGAGGCAGCAUAUAAACGGCUUGGAAUCAUGUGUAGCAGCAACCCCCCCACCGCGCAUGUAGAAACCAUCCAAAGGCGAAUAGACUUGCAAAAUCAUGUCAAACUGGCCUCACAUGGGCUAGCAUUGCUCUGCUUAAAAACUGUCUUUAAAAAAAAAAGUAUGUCAUCCUGUAUUGCAUUUCUUCCCAUGGAAGAAGAAUCAAGGUAUGAUGAUGGCAUUGUGAAAUUCAUUAGCUCUCUCCAUACAGCCGUGCAACUGGCAACACAUACUGUACUACCGAUGCACACUGCGCUAUAGCCAUAAUAACAUGCAUGUAUAACCAUUGCACGCUGCACAGUCAAAAGUGAAAUCAAAGGGCUAAUACUCAUUGUCCAUCAGAGGUAGC